CAGUGAUACAGAAGCGACUUGUUUAGGGCAAUACGUUUUAUCAUAGUGGGAGGACUCGGAACAGUGCUUGUUGACUUAAACUUGCUCAAGAUUUGUUACCUUCUUCAAAGGCAAAGUUAAGUUUCUGCUUAUUGGAGUAAAUUGUCUCCUGUUGUUUUCGAAGAUUCCAAAGAAGGCCAAUCGGUAACUUAUUAAUAAUUCAAUGGUGUGUGCACAUUUCUAUUGAAAGGCACCGAAACCUAUGCUAUUAUUGCUAACUGCCUCAAUCAACGACUUGUUUACAAUUUAUACGUAUUGCGCAUGAAACCUUUCAACGAGUCACGGAAAGCCUACUGCGUAUCUGCGUAUUAAGUAACGUUGUCUUCAUCACAAGCUGACGUUAUUAAAACCCUUCUGAAAGCGUUCGGUCGAAAGCGACAGUUUUGUUUGUUUACAUUCGUGGAUCAGUGCGUUCGUUUGAAACUUUAUUUUUGUUGACUGAAGGACGAAGGAAUAUAAACCGCCGAUGUUCAGUUUUAAACCAUCUGGCACUUCCGUCAGAUAAAGCACCUGUAUAUUCGUUACCAGCGCUUCAUCAAGUGCCAGUUUGCAGUUGCGACGUUUACUUCAGAAAAGAACCGUUCCGCUUGUUUAAACGUCAAACCGAGGAUCUCUGAUUUUACGAGUUUUGGUUCGAUGGUUAUACAUUUAUAUUGAAUUUUGGUGGACUUAUCUCACAGUAUGGUCACAAGGACAAGAGCUUUUACUUUCACCUACAGUGCUCCUUCUCCUGAUAUUGGUCGAAGAUCUGGUUUGAGCCGAAAACACUAUUAUGGCUCACUGGAAGCUAUUAACAGUGUGCAUCAAAGUGGAAGUGACUUGAGUGACAAUGCAGGGCGGUUCAGAAUGGAGAGUGGUGAAAUUGGCAUGCAGCCAUCAGUGCCACAGAAUGGAUUAGCUACAAGGCAAGGAAGUGGGGUACACCUUGAGAAUCCUGAGUUCCAAACAAGAUGGUACUUCAAGUAUUUUCUGGGAAAAGUUCAUCAGAAUUUUGUUGGCAUCGAUGGAAGCAAGAGUCCUUUUGUUCUAUCUGUUUGCCUGACAGAUUCAGAUAACUAUGGUGUUCCACAAUACCGAGCCAUUCUUUGGAGGAAAACAGGUGGUCAGAAGCUGUGCAUUCCAUACCAGCCAAACAAACCGAUUUCUCCAAAGACUGUACUACAAGCGUAUGGAGUUGACAAGUUUGACAAAGGUCCCAGAGAGGUGCUAAACCGUGAAUUGCAAAAGGAAUUGCUGGUUUUGGAAGAACAGGAGGGAUCCGUAAACUUUAAGUUUGGAGUUCUGUAUGCAAAACAGGGACAAACAACUGAUGAUGAAAUGUUUAGUAAUGUGAAGGUCAGCGAAGAUUUCGAGCGUUUCCUAGAACUGCUGGGUGACAAGAUAGAACUCAAGGGCUGGCAAAAGUAUCGUGGGGGACUCGACGUCAAAAACAACAUGACUGGCUUCCAGUCUCUUUACACAAUUUACGAAGGACAUGAAAUUAUGUUCCACGUGUCCACUUUGCUGCCCUUCACACCUGACAAUCCACAACAGGUGGAGCGCAAACGUCAUAUAGGAAAUGACAUUGUUAUUAUUGUCUUCCAAGACUGGGAUGGGAAGUCUUCGUUUAGUCCUCCAGCUAUAAAAUCCAAGUUUGUUCACAUAUACGCUCUUGUUUCUUUCAACAAAUCGGACAACAGCUAUCGGUUGACAGUGUUCUCUGAAAAGAAUGUGCCAAUCUUCGGCCCACCAUUACCAUGCCCACCGGUUUUCAGUAAUCACCAGGAAUUCAGAGACUUCCUUCUGGUCAAAUUAAUGAAUGGGGAGAAAGCCGCCUACGGAUCACCUACGUUUAGUAACAGGCGUCAGCGAACACUGGACAGCCUUAUAACUAGGCUUCUCCAAGACCACAUCCAUGAGAAACUUGGCGCCCGUAAAUCGUGGAAUGACGUUAUCACGGACCAAUCUCGAGGCAAUCGGCGGAAAGGAAUGGAAAGAGAGCAAGCUUUUCUUCAGUUCGGCCAGUCGUUAAAACUGAACAAAAUAGUGAAAGGCGAUGCACCAACAAGUCUAGCGAGUACGUCAGGGAACUUGAAAGUUGAGCCGUGGAAGCCUCAGUGUAUUUUGGAGGACUUUUCAACAAAGAUAUUUUGCGGGGAUUCUUGGGGCGAUAGUUUAGUUCUGGGAACAGAGGAUGGCAUUCAAAUGCUUCAAGGAGCAAAAAGGCGCUAUAUAUUUGAUAAAUCAGUGGUUGCGAAACAAAUCAACGUAGUGGAAGCUUUUGGGCUUCUUCUUUUUCGAGUGGACAAAGGUAAAGAGUUCCACUCCUCCAAGUUGUACGUCUUUAAACUGACAGACUUCGAAGACGAAGAUGAAGAACCAAAGAACCGGCAAUUUUGCAAAAAUCACAGAGUCGAGAAAAGCAAAGGAUGCCAUUUGUUCGCCGUGAGUCAGUCGGGUGAUGGUGAACUGAAGCUUGCAGUGGCUGUUGGGAGGAAAGUAGCGCUAUUACGCUGGAAGCAUCCUGUGGUGUGGAGCACUUGGACUGUAGGAAACAUCAAAGAUGUGGCGGAUGGAUUUGAGAUCAUCAAGGAAGUGACAGUUGGUGAAGCGCCGAUUUUAAUGACGUUGGUUUACACAAGUUCUCAUGAAAGUCGUGUUUGUGUUGGUUACAAGAAUCAGUUUGAUCUCAUCAGUGAAGCAGGAGACGUGUUCAAAAUACACAGUAUUGACAAACAAAAGAAGGCCACUCUUGUCUCGGCAGUAGACGUGUACGAAGAAGAGGUGUCAGAGUUACUUAUUUCCUAUAAUCACCAGUCAAUAUUUAAAAGGCUGACAGGAGAGCAAUCCUCCAACUUUUCAUUCCAAUGGAACUCGGCUCCAAACUCAGUUGUGUGCGCAUUUCCUUAUUUGCUGGCUUUCACAACGAACACCAUAGAAAUUCGUCUUGUCGUCAACGCAAACUUGGUGCAUACGCUCGUGUUACCCAAAGUCUCCCUAAUUUCAGCAAAGGCGGACAUAUACUUCAGCGCGUCGCCACCCAAAUCAUCGAACUCAUCAACUCAAGCAAUCGGAGGCGUUCAAACCCAGUCGUCUCCCAGCAACACUCAAGAAAAAACUUCGUUGUACAAGAUAUCAACAAUUUCCCUGAUGGGACAGUUUCUUGAUCCUCCUCUUACGCGCAAAGCAACGGAUGAUGUUACCAUGGCACCAAGUGUUGUUCUCAACUCAAAUAACGAGGAAAUCUCUAUAACAAGGCAGUGCAGUGAUUAUUCCCUUGAAUCACGGGAUACUAUUGACAAGGAUUUUCCCAUAAAAGAACCCGUGGGUAGAACAGCCUCGUGUCCACAGUCACGAAAAGUUUCGGACCCCUCAGAUCCGCGGGGUGCCGUGAAAUAUUCGACGAGUAGCAUUACAUGGACAACAGUGUGAGAGUUGUUCCGGUUUUAAUAGAAUAGAAGAUUUAUAGAAACAUGAGGAUCACCCCCCCUUUCCCCUCCCGUCCCUCUCCGAGUCAAAAAUCUCAACCCCUUAAGAAAGCAUCCACCAAGCUUUAUCCUUUGUCGAAGCGCUGUGAAGCGCCUUGAUCAAAUCAAAUGUUAAAAUGUUCUCAGAGGAAAUGUCCAAUGCAUUACGAAAAAAAUGUCAAAUUUUAGGUCAGAUACUAGCAGCACUGGUACGUAUUUUAAGUUUUCCCAGAAUGAAUAUGAAUUAUUACGUGGAUUAUUGUGAACUGUCAUAUGAACAGCGCGAAAAUAGUCCAAACAUUCCGAGUUUUAGUCCUUUUCCAUGGUAUCGGCAAUGGUUUUCAUCAAGCAGUAAUAGGUUCUUAAUAUUAAACACAGAUUUUCUCUAGCAUUUCCUUUAGACUCUCUCAUAAGACACCCUUGCCGCAAAUAUGGUUGUUAUAAUACCUUGUAUAUGGUUACAGAUCAUCAUUACUGGUAGUUUAAUUUCGAACAGUCAAUACUCUCCGUGUCUGUAGACCAUACUUGUUGCAGUCCUUGCCCGUUUGUUCUACGGGUAGAAUAAUCAAUCAUUCCUCCCCAUCCCUCUCUCAAGAAAGAUAAAAUUAGUUUUUGAGUUUUUCCAGUCGAAAGUCACUCCAUGAGUGAUUUAACAGUGUAAUAACGUUACCUACCUUAUGAACAUCCAGAGGCCAGCAGUGUUUGGCGAUCGUUUUUUUAUAGUGUAUAAGAUUCAUGAUAACAAUUGCAGUAAGACUUGCUUUUGGAACCCAGCUGAAUCAACUAAAAUGUGACCACCUAAACUUCUCUUCAUUACCGGAACUUUUCGUAAAGGUGAAAAGAUUGUGGUCGUAACGCUGGGUUUUGUCGUAGUGAGUGUUUUCAAACAGUGCUUUCAGUUUACUAGUGUUGUAUAUGAGGCAUAAUUCUUCCAUAAGUUGUGAAAACACUGAUUUUAAAGGAACAAGAUAUUUAUUAGUAAAAAAUUUUAUUUAAAAUGUAUUUUCUAUGAAACGAGUGUUUGCCUUGAUGUUGUACGUACGUUAGCCGACACUAUUCUAAUCUGAGAGAAUUGUUUUAUUGUAAUCGAAAGAAGUCACUAAAUAGAAGUUAUAUUGAAGAUUAGAAUUAAAAAAAGCUAUUAUAGAAA